CUGCAACGUGAAGUGCAAAAGUUGUCUAGCUAGCUAGCAUUUGAUUGACCUAAAAUACGAUCUUUCCUAAAUGACCGCCGCAUCUUAGCCUUUUUCUGGAUAAAUAAUGCAAGAUCGCAACAACUGCAGCUCCAAACGAUAUGGGAUGCUGAUCUCACAAUACAUGUACUUUGGCUCCUUGGCUGCAACGUGAAGUGCAAAAGUUUUUUAGCAUUGGAUUGACCUAAACAACUUCAACGAUGAAUUACAUUGUUCCUUUGGCGAUCUUCUUGGGAAGCUGCUCCGUCUCUGCUCACUAUGGAGUUCUAACGCUGGACGAAGAAACGCUUGAAAGGUUCUUCAAGUGCAUUGAUUCCAUUGAAUCUGCGGAUAAAGAUGGCAACAAUCGAAUCUCAGAGGCUGAAACACCCGUCUUCCUUGACACAUACAGCAAAAAGCUCUACGGUGAAUCCGUCCUUGUCGUUGGGGGAUCACCCCCAGAAAACAUGGCGUCCUCGUUGUUCAGUGAUCUUGUGAAAGUGAGCAAGCCUCUCGAAGGCGUGACAGAGAUUGACGUAUACGGAUACAAGCUCUCGGAUAUGCCUAUUGUUACUGAUCAACGACUUCAAUCGUUGCAUGCUGUGUGUCAAAAAGCUGCACAUGCUAUCAUGAAGCAUGGUCAUCAGACCGAGCCACCCCAACUCUUUAGAUUGGACGAGUACUUGAAAGAAGAGGAGGAGGAGGAAGAAGCAGAAGAAAGAAAUGGCGGUAGGAUCUGAGCACGAGGGUUGUAAUGUUGGUGACCCAACGGCGAAAGAAGUUUCAGUCCCCUGUGCCAGCCAGCGAGAAAGCAGCCAAACCGUAGCUAUUAUGACUGGAGCGGAGAUAUAUUCGUUAGAAUGUGCCCGCCCCAAACACCAAGAGAACUUGUUGUAAUACUUAAGCACCCUACAUGUAGUAAGAUUGACCCAUUUGGUUUC